AUACGACAGUAACUAACAUAACAACAUGCAUGAAAUAUUUUCUCCCAUCCGUUCGUGAUUUCUCCUCCUUUCUCUUCAGUUUUUUUCAUUCAUUGCGAGACCAAACAAAUCUCUUCUUCCCUUCCUUCUUUUUCGAUCAUUAAUUUUCAUUCUUCAAAAUCAAAAUUCCUGCACUAUCCAUUUUUUCUUCUCUCUUCUUUAUCUUUUUCAUCACGAUCCAAUCCCAUGACAAUGAGUAACUUCGAAACCAAUCCCUUCGCCGAAGAAGAAGUUAAUCCUUUCGCGGAUGGAUCUACUAAAGGAAAAGCUUCAGGGCAAUCAAAUUAUGGUGGAGGUGCAUUCUACACUACUAACCCAGGAAGUGUUUCCUCUGUAACCUCAUCAAGGCUCACACCCCUUCCUCACGAGCCUCACGAUCGUGGGGUGACUGUUGACAUUCCUCUUGAACUCCCAAAGGACCUCAAAGCAAAGGAGAAAGAACUUCAAGCUAGAGAGGCUGAAUUGAAAAGAAGGGAACAGGAGCUACAAAGAAAGGAAAGUGCUAUAAAAAAAGCUGGAAUAGUUAUAGAGGAAAAUAAUUGGCCACCUUUUUUCCCUCUCAUUCAUCAUGACAUUGGAAAUGAAAUACCAAUACAUCUGCAAACGAUCCAGUAUGUUGCGUUUACAACAUGGUUAGGUUUGAUUUUCUGUCUUUUAUAUAAUAUUGCGGCUGUUACAGUAGCUUGGCUCAAAGGAGAAGGUAUAUCAAUAUGGUUUCUUUCAAUUAUAUACCUCAUUUCCGGUGUACCAGGAGCCUAUGUGAUGUGGUAUCGCCCUCUAUAUCGUGCUACGAGGACGGACAGUGCUCUAAAAUUUGGCUGGUUUUUCUUAUGCUACUCGUUCCACAUUAUGUUUUGCGUUUUGGCCGCAGUUGCACCUCCAAUUAUCUUCAAAGGAAAAUCUCUCGCGGGUAUACUGCCUGCAAUUGAGAUCAUGACUUACAAUCCAGUAGUUGGGAUACUCUACUUUGUUGGUUUUGCUUUUUUCGCCAUCGAAACAUUACUGAGCAUCUGGGUUAUUCAGCAAGUAUACAUGUACUUCCGCGGCAGUGGGAAGGCGGCACAAAUGAAACGUGAAGCUGCAAGGGGGGCCAUGAUGACAGCUCUAUGAGACUAUGAUAGACUAAGACUGAGACUGAGACUGGAGUGAUAACAUGUGGAAAGUGGCACUUACAAAUUCAAAUGUCUCCUAUUAUGGUUGUAUACACACCAUAUAUUUUUAACUCAGUUACCAGUUCCUUGCACCUUUUGCGUUGGAUGUUUAUUCCCUAGGAUUUUUUGGCCUAGGAUUUGAAUCAAACUGGAAGAUUAUGAUAGAAAUUGUAGGUGUUCAUAAAUAGACAUAACUUGUUUCAUAGAAUAUUGUUUGUAUUUAAUAAUAUUGACAAUUAUGGUUCUGAUCUUAAAUGUUACAGCAGAAAUGCUGUGGACAGUGAGUAUCAGGAGGCUAUCUGCAAAGAUGAAAUUGGAUUCCAUGCAGUUAUGGGGAAAGGACAUUGUUGACUGUCCAAUCUGAUGGUCCAGAAAAAUGCAGAUUUAAAUUUUAUUUUUAGAAUUUAAAAUAUCAAGUUUGAAUGUAGACCGUCAUAUCUUGAUUGAAUGCUCAUCGAUAUCUCGAAUGUGUGUAAUAUCAACUGCACGAGAGUUUGAUCCUAA